UGGACAGACAGAGACAAAUAUAUGGCAGGUCUUUUAAUUAUUAUGCACCUCAUUUGUAUUACUGCACCCUUCCAUUUUAAUUGGAAUGCAUUUUGGGUGGCUGCCGCGUUACAUAUUAUCAUAGAUAUAUGUGGAAUCAAUAUUUCGUAUCAUAGAAAUCUUUCGCAUAGAAGUUUCAAACUUCCCAAAUGGCUUGAAUACUUUUUAGCAUAUUGUGGAACUCUAGCAUUUCAGGGUGAUCCAAUUGAUUGGGUGAGUACACAUAGAUGUCAUCAUCAAUUUGUUGAUACAGAAAAUGACCCACAUAGUCCUAUUCAAGGAUUUUGGUUUAGUUAUUUGACUUGGCUUUUGGAUUCCAAUGCUUUGACUAGAAGAUAUGGAAGACCAAAUAAUGUUGGUGACUUGGAGAAACAAUCCUUCUAUAGGUUUCUUCGCAAAACAUAUUUUCUUCAUCAACUUCCUCUUGCAAUCCUUCUUUAUGCAGUUGGAGGAACACCUUUUCUUAUAUGGGGAACGUUUGUGAGGACCAUAGUGUCCCUCCAUGUGACCUUCAUGGUGAAUUCAAUAUGUCAUACAUUUGGAAAUCAACCAUGGAAUACUGGAGAUUUGUCUAGAAAUACUUGGUGGAUAUGUUUGCUUACACACGGAGAAAGUUGGCAUAAUAACCAUCAUGCUUUCGAGUAUUCAGCCAGACAUGGGCUUGAAUGGUGGCAGAUCGAUAUUUGUUGGUAUAUUAUUCGAUUUCUUCAAGUUAUUGGAUUAGCAACUGAGGUUAAAGUACCCUCUCAAUCUCACAAGCAAAGACUACAAGCUUUGGACCAAACCAAAAGAAAAGAACUUUGAGAAUUAUCGCUUUAAAUCAAAAUAAAUUUUCUUCCGCAAAUGUUUAACAAUAGAAUAAAAAGUAAGAUUUAAUGUUGGCUCAUUUUGUUCUAUUUCAAUCUUGAAGUUUCAAUCUUGCAAAAACUUCGAAAAAAAUGCUUGCUUUAGUCCCUAGUGUGGUAAGGAUUUGUAACUCUUCGGGUGAGGUGGCUAUCUUUUUUU